AUGGACCAGCGGGAAUCGCGUGGGACCGAACGCGGCGGGGAGCGCGAUGAGAUCCCCGGCGAUCUCAUCAGCAGGCUUCCCGAUGACCUGCUCUCCACCAUCAUAUCUCUUCUUCCCACCAAGGACGGCGGACGCACGCCGGCCAUCUCGCCCCGAUGGCGUAAUCUCUGGCGCUCCGCGCCUCUCAACCUGGUGAUUCACUCCCCUGUCAACCCCCACUCCCCCUCCUCCGUCAUUCCCUCCGCCAUGUCCAGGAUAGUCUCCAAACACCUUGGCCCAACCCGCCGGUUCUUCUUCCGCGGCAGCGACCUAGGCCCCCAGGCGGAGAGCUGGUUCCAGUCCCCAGCCCUGGCCAACCUGGAGGAGCUCGACAUUAAGCUCCUCCCUGCAGGACCCGAGGAGAGAUUCUCGCUGCCACCAUCCGCUCUCUCCUCCCCGGCCCUCCUGGUUGUCAAGAUCGCCUAUUGUUCUAUCCCCGACGAGAUCUCCAUGGACUUCCCAGUCCUCAAGCACAUCUCCUUGCUUGACGUUUCCAUCUCCGGGGACGUGUUCCACGGCUUGCUCUCUGCAUGCUGCGCCUUGGAGAGCUUUUAUAUGUCCAAUGUUCAUGCUGCGGAUUGCCUCCGUGUCAGUUCGCCGACUCUUAGGAGCAUUGGCUUCAGCGAAAAAUAUUGUGGGAAAUCAGAACUCAUCAUUGAGGAUGCUCCUCUCCUUGUGAGGUUCAUUUUACCUUAUACUUAUAAUCACGAUGCUGAUAAUUGUGUGGCCAUCCGGGUAGUUAGGGCGCCAAAACUCAAGAUAUUGGGCCCUUUAUUCGCCAUCUCCAGGAUUGUCUCCCAGGGAAUAAGCCCAGACAGCUCGGCAAACUCCAUGCGCACUGUGAAGGUUUUGUCUCUCAGGUGUUCUGGACAGGAAUUGGAUGCGAUUCUUAACGUCCUCAGGUGGUUUCCCUGUCUGGAAAAACUCUACAUCAUUUUUCACGAACACAGAGAGGUGGAUAAGAAUAAUGAGCCUCCUUACAACGGACUACAUCCAGUUGAAUGCCUCCCGGACCAUCUUAAAAAUGUGGUGUUUAAGGCAUUCGUAGGUCAUGACAAGCAGGUGAACUUUGCCAGCUUCUUCAUUUCAAAUGCAAGAGUGCUAAAUAAAAUUGAAUUUGAAGGAUGGUUUGUGGACUACAACAGUACAUCUAUGGGUUAUCUACACAAUCUGCUACACGUGGAAAACAGAGCUUCUCGAGAUGCUAAAUUUGAAUUCAGGCAAUAUAUUAAUACUCAGCGUCGUCUCGAAGAGCACAUCCAUGAUUUGUCAGUGGCUGACCCUUUUCAGAGAGCGAUAUAA